AUGCUUGUCUUGCAGGAACAUUUGCUGAAGAGCCAUGCGCAAGGCAAGACUUUUGAGAGACGGAUUCUCGAUGUCCGCCUUGAGGAGAAGGAGUCAUUGAUGUAUUAUUCUCCUUCUAAGGCGUGUCAAGUUUUUUUUCGCGUGACGGCUGCCUCUCCACAGCUGAUUGGGAGCAUCCGCAGCUUCAUUGAGAGCGGUAUUCGGCUCCGAGUACCUGAGGGCUUCGGAUCAGCCAGUGGCCAGCAGCUGACGCUGCCUAACACCGCCUUCGAGGCGAACAUUCCCUUCGUCCUGCGUUUCAUGGUUGACGCCCAAGUCACGGGGUGUUGCUGGCUGAAGGGGUCUUGUUUUGUGCUCCCGUAUUUAUUUGAACUUUUGGUCAUUUCUAAAGAGCUCCCUCGAGUCCCUUGCAUGUUUGCUGCAGCAAAGAAAGGCCACUACGUGGUGCGCCCCUCGUCCCUCAGGGAAUCGCGUUGCCAAGAGGAGGUGGACGUACACUACGCAGAUAUCGAGGCCUUGCCACUGCAGGGAGAGUUUCAGUCCCUCCCACCGCUGCGGAUGUUGUCGUUCGAUAUCGAGUGCGUAAAGGCGAACGGCCAAGGCUUUCCCGAAGCGCAGGAGGACCCUGUGAUUCAAAUAUCGUCAAUUGUGGAGGAACAGCGGCGCGAGAAGACUCAAAACGACAAAGCACAACCACCAGGAACAAGCUCCAACGAUGCAACAGACCAGCCGUUGUGCCGCGUUAUAUUUGCACUGAACGAAUGCGCACCGAUUGCUGGGGCCUGGGUGUUUUGGUUUGAAGACGAGGCGGAGAUGCUGAUCAAGUGGGCAGAGUUCGUCAGAGAGGUGGAUCCUGACUUUCUUACGGGUUACAACUGCAUCAACUUCGAUUUAUGCUAUCUCCUCACGAGAGCCACGGCUCUCAAGGCGGAGGGCGUCAACUGCCUCUCGCGCCUCAAGGCCUUCGAAUCUCGCAUUUCCGACACGCGAUUCAGUUCGAGAGCCUUGGGCACGCACGAUAACAAGGAGAUACCCGUUGAAGGUCGCGUGCAGUUUGAUGUGUUGGAACUUGUGCGCCGGGAUUAUAAGCUAAAGAGCUAUUCCCUCAACUUCGUCUCUUCGGAAUUCCUUAAGGAGCAAAAGCCCAGCAGUUUUGAGCUUAUUCAACAGACGUAUAAGAGUGUUAUGUUGCAUCAGGAAGACGUACACUACAGCAUGAUAGGGGACCUCUUCAGGGGGUCGCCUACCACUCGGCGUCGUAUAGCGGUCUACUGCCUAAAGGAUGCCUUGUUACCUCUCCGGCUGCUGAGCAAACUGCUUUUUCUGUUCAACUAUGUUGAAAUGAGCCGCGUCACCGGCACCCCGCUGACGUACUUGCUGACAAGACAGCUGCACUACCUCGUGCCAUCCGUCAAGCGCGUAGGGGGCGACCGCGACGAUAAAUAUGAGGGAGCAACGGUGUUGGAGCCUUUGAAGGGCUUUUACAACAUGCCGAUUUCUACUUUAGAUUUUGCCUCUCUGUACCCGUCCAUUAUGAUGGCACAUAACAUCUGCUACAGCACUCUCGUCAAAGGCGCAGACGUACAGGCACUGCAACCCGAAAUACUGACGCACACAACAAGCAGCCCGCGGCACACGUUUGUGAAGGCGUCGGUGCGACGGGGUGUGUUGCCGAUGAUAGUUGAGGAGCUGAUUGCUGCUCGGAAAGUUGCGAAGGCGGAGAUGAGCAAGGCACAAGACAAGUUUAUGAAAAGUGUCCUUAACGGCAGGCAGCUCGCACUCAAAAUCACUGCCAACAGCGUAUACGGGUACACCGGCGCUACGGUUGGGGGGCAGUUGCCUUGCUUGGAGGUGGCGACUUCUAUAACGUGUUUUGGGAGAGAUAUGAUUGAAUAUACCAAGAGACGGGUCGAAGACCUCUACACAAAAGCAAACGGCUAUCCGCACAACGCCGUUGUCGUCUACGGCGAUACCGACUCUGUGAUGAUUCGCUUUGGGACGGACUCCAUUCAGGAGGCGAUGGAACUGGGGCGGGAGGCGGCGAACAAAAUAAGUGGGGAGUUCAUUCGACCUAUAAAGUUGGAGUUUGAGAAGGUGUAUUGUCCUUUCUUGCUCAUGAACAAGAAGCGCUACGCCGGCCUUUUGUACACAAAUCCCACCCACUACGACAAAAUUGACUCUAAGGGCAUAGAGGUGAAGCCUUCAGCCAUAUGUUCUUUUGUGACCGUUGUUCUCUUUGUGGCUUGUAUAUGA